UACAGUUGUUUAAAAUGGCCCGAGUCACGGCCAACGUAUCGGGUGUUAAAUUUGAAUUCAGCGGAAAUAUUGUAGAAAAAUAUCAUGAACACACAUUGAUGACCAUGUUAGGCAAUAUGAGAGAAAAGAACCAAACUACUGAACUUAUCGUUGAUAGACCGCCUGAUUGUUUCGCGGCAAUUCUUGCAUUCUACCAGACUGGAGAGCUACAUAUUCCGACAGCAUUGUGUCCAUCCGCUUUCCGGCGAGAGUUGGAAUUUUGGAAGAUAAGUGCGUCAUAUAUGCCGAAAUGUUGCGCUUACAGGUACCAUGGUCAUUUCGAAGAAAUGGAGACUCAUGAAAAUUUUAAGAUACACUCUGGGAAGAGGAAAUCAUUUAAUAACCAACCGCAACUUAAGGAGAUGACAUCAAGCUGGAACAGGCUGAGAAACCUUGUUUGGAACAUCGUUGAUUACAAGGUGUCUACACUACCAGCUAAAGUGUACAUGGUGCUCAUAUUCUUAAUGAUCCUGCUCUGCAUAUUCACCCAAGCUCUCAGCACCAUACCUGAGUUCCAGAGACGUCUAACCAAAUGUGAGUAUCUGGAAUAUUUAGAGGAAAUCGGAAACAGAGACGUGGAGAAAGCGCGGGAAAAACUGGGCGUUGACGAAUGUGGUGGAAGCUCCUUCUUCGAAGAAAGUGAUAACGAUAUUUCGUUUGAUUGGGACUAUGAUUGGACAUACUAUUAUUGGGAUUAUGUAGAAAACGUUAACAAGUCCGCCCAGGUGACGCUACCAGUUGUUGAGACAAGACUUUAUGUUUUCGAGAUUUUAGAAAUGAUCACAGUUGCGUUUUUCACCUUGGAUUUUAUUAUUCGACUUGUUUGUUGUCCGAGUCUGCGAAAUUUCUUCAGAUCAUUUACAAAUAUCAUCGAUUUCCUCGCACUGGGAGGGUUUUAUGUUUACAUUUUAAUCAUCAACCUCGAAAAGAAACACCGGUACAAUUAUGGCUUGAUAAAAUUCUUGAAUUACUUUCAAAUAUUUCGCACAUUACGGGUGAUCCGCAUUGUCAGCAAUAUACGUGCUACUCGAGUUUUGGUAUUUUCAAUCCGACAGAAUAUCAAAGAUAUGUUGAUGCUUGUCCUUAUGCUUACUGUUGCUGUCAGUGUUACAAGCCAUUUAAUAUACUUCAUGGAGGACCCCAAAACAAUUGGUUCAAUUCCCAACGCUUGGUACUGGGCUGUUAUUACUCUAACUACAGUCGGCUAUGGGGACAUCACUCCGGUAACAGCUCUUGGCAAGAUUCUUGCUUCUUUAAUGGCAAUAUCGGGCGUGCUACUGCUGGCGGUUACUCUGCCUAUGUUUGUUAACAACUUUCUAACAUUGUAUCAAUACGCCUGUCUGGAUGAGUACAUUGGAAGUAAAGAGUCUGAGGAACAGAGUCCCGGACAAGACAGUAGUCCCGUUUCCAAUCAUGCGUUAACUAAGGACACAUCAAUAAUACAUGAUUCCCGGCCGAUAAAAGGUGAUGGAAUGGAAUCAUUUAAAAUGCGACUCCCUGGGGAGACUGAACAAUAAGACCAUUAACUUCAUGGGUCUAAAUAAUAUGCCACGGAAAGAUAAACUAUUGGCCACUUUCCGUUUCAACUGAUGACCUACUUUAAGUGCGUUUGAUCUUUCUCCACUGUGCUGUUAUGUAAUCGUGGUUACAGUGAUAAAGGCUGUUAUGUUAUCGUGAUUAUGAUGAUACCAGCUGUCAUGUUAUUGUGAUUAUGGUGAUACCGGCUGUUAUGUUAUCGUGAUUAUGGUGAUACCGGCUGUCAUGUUAUUGUGAUUUCGGUGAUAUCGGCUGUUAUGUUAUUGUAAUUAUGGUGAUACCGGCUGUUAUGUUAUCAUGGUUAUGGUGAUACCAGCUGUUAUAAAAUGGUGGUUAUGGUAAUACCGGCUGUUAUAAAAUGGUGGUUAUGGUGAUACCGGCUGUUAUGUUAUCAUGGUUAUGGUUAUACCGGCUGUUAUGGAAUGGUUGUUAUGGUGAGAACGGCUUCUAUGUUAUCGUUGUUAUGGUGAUCGUGGCUGUUAUGUUAUCGUGGUUAUGGUGAUAACGGUUGCUAUGUUACGGUGGUUACGUUGAUAACGGCUGUUAUGUACUGGUGGUUAUGGUGAUUACGGUUGCAAUAUUAUCGUGGUUAUGGUGAUAACGGCUGUUAUGUAAUGCUGGUUAUGGUGAUGACGGUUGCAAUGUUAUCGUGGUUAUGGUGAUAACGGCUGUUAUGUUAUGGUUGUUAUGGUGAUGACGGUUGCAAUGUUAUCGUGGUUAUGGUGAUAAUGGCUGUUAUGCACUGGUGAUUAUGGUGAUGACGGUUGCAAUGUUAUCGUGGUUAUGGUGAUAACGGCUGUUAUGUAAUGGUGGUUAUGAUGAUAACGGUUGUUAUGUAAUGUUGGUUUUGGUGAUAACGACCAUUUAUAUUCUUUUUCAUUUUAACAUGCUUUACUUUUUGAAUUAGCUUUAACACGUACGAAAAAGACUCUGAAACGUGUAUUUCAUGAAAAUACUGAUACAAUUUAACAUUUGUAACAUAAUGCGAACGUGCAUUCUAUACCAAACGAUGUGCAUUAUUUUAUUUCAUUUUAAACACAAGCGAUACGUCAUUCGUUUGCCUACAGGCGUUUAUAGGUAAAUCUAUUAUUUAUUGAUAGGAACGGAAAAGGAGUUAGGACUACCAAAUGACAAAAAAUAUUUUGCAUUUUUUGGCCGUUUUUUUCUUCUUUAAGUUUAAAAUAAUUGUUAUAAUGACCAAAUUGCUGCUCGCGACAUAAAAUACUUUUUCUUAUUUUCAUCAACCGCAAAUAAACACCGUUUAAGUUAAUCCAAAUUCCCUUAGCCUCGAUUGUAAUGAAAUCCGCUCAUAAAAUCACACCAGAGUCCGUUCACCCCAUUGAAUUAGAACUUGUUAAUGCUACGUUUACACUAUGUUCCCGGUGGCCACGGCAGCCCCAUUUCAGACAACCGUGGAGAAAACGGGAUAAACGUGAGACAGCGCAGUGGAACGAGAUAUGCAAACGUGACAGACCGUUGUUGCCGUGCAUGCCGGGCCAGAAUUUUAAACUGUCAAAAAAUUACAGUACGUGACAGUACGUGACAAUACGUAAUAGGCCGUUACACAACUUAUAAAUCGUCCGUAUGGGGGCGGGAAUCAUAUGUUCUCCCCGGCAUCUGAAGUUCCUUUCCAGUUUUGUCACGUUGUGCUUCGUUUUGUCCCUUUUUUCACGGCAAGCUAGGGUGAACGAAAGACGUUUCGUUACGUUUCAUUUGCGGUGAAAACACAAAAUCUUCUUCAUCUUGGGAAUUCAUGUCUACUUGUCGAAGUAUUCUGAUACAGUGAUACAGUGAUUGCUGUUGUUUGGGGGAUUUUAUUCAUACCGUGGACACAAACGUAAUCCAAAGUUCUGCGGUGCUCGCGUUCGAUGCAUAGGAAGCCUUGACAAAACGUGGAAAACGCAUCAGACCUGGAUGAAGACGUGAACAACGUGAGGGAUCCCAUCAGAACGUAUCGGACCGGGACGCAACGUACAUGCAUCCCUGGUAGACCGCGCCCGGACCUUAGUGCGCCUUGGACGGACCAUUUGUUCGCCCCUACGGCUUGUCACGGUUACCUUGAUAAAACGUGAGGAAACACUAACAAAACUUGUUUAUGGAGACAAAAAUGGCCAAAAUCACACGGUGCAAUACGUUUCGGACAAACGGGGCUGCUGUGGCCACCGGGAACAUAGUGUAA